AUGAUUUCAAAUGAUUUUGAAAUAAAUCAAGUAACGCAGGAAUUUAUAAGUGAAGUGAAUAAUAAGAGUGAUGUAGAUGGUAUUAGUAUUUCAAAAAUAAAUUAUUCUGCUAAUUCUAAAGGAGACGAAUUUCCCACAGAUCAGUACGAAAUGGUGGUGGGAAAAGGUUCACUCGUGUACGAUUCAGAUUCUAUAUUGAGAGAUACAGAAAACCAAUUGAAUGAUAGCACUACUAAUUACUUUGAUGAUGAUCUACAUAGUAUCCAAGAUUCCAAAAGUUUACAAGAUGAGUCUCAGGAAGAAAUACAAAAUCAAGGAUUUCUACUAGAUGAUGGAAUUUAUUACCCAGAAGGAGGGUUAAAAGCUUGGAUAGCGACUUUUGGAUGCUUUUGUGGGUUCUUUGCAUGUUUUGGCAUUGGAAAUGCUCUUGGAGCUGUAGAAACUCAAGUUCAAAAAUACCAAUUAUCCUCCUAUAGCUCAACAAAGAUUGGCUGGAUUUUUUCCCUAGAAUUAUUCUUCACCUUUAUAUCUUGUAUUUUCUCUGGUACUUAUUUUGAUAGAAAUGGGUUCAAAGCUCCAGUAAUAGUAGGGACAAUACUUCAUGUGGGUGGUCUAUGGGGGACUUCUACUUCUAAUGACUAUUGGGAAUUUAUACUAUUUUUUUCAUUGUUUUUAGGAUGUGGUAAUGGGGUUUUGAUUUCUCCUUUGAUGUCUGCUCCAUGCCAUUAUUUCAAUAGAAGACGAGGGUUAGCUACAGCAUUAUCCACUGUAGGCGGCUCUAUUGGAGGGGCAAUAUUCCCUGUUAUGCUAAGAGAGUUCUUUAAGCAAACAAGAGAAAAUGAUUCAAAUUUUGGGUAUCGCUGGGGGAUAAGAUCAAUUGCAAUACUAAAUCUAUCAUUAUUAAUGUUGUCAAUCUGUCUAGUUAAAGAAAGAAUAACUCCAAUAGCUCCAGUAUUACCAGAUAAUUCGUUCAGGACAAAGAUGAAUAAUUUCAUCCAAGUUUAUAUAAAAAACAGUUUUGAUGCCAAUGCAUUUAAAGACAAGAGAUAUUUGUUCUGUGUCAUAGGUACGAUAAUGGGUGAAAUAUCAAUUUGCUGUAGUAUCACUUAUUGGGGGACUUAUUGUAUUUCAAAGGGAAUCACUGAGGCUGACGUUUAUUUGCUAAUUAUGGUAAUUAAUGUAAGUGGCAUUCCAGGAAGAUGGGUGCCGGGAUAUUUUAGCGACUUCAUUGGGAGAUUUAAUACUGCAAUAAUCACACUAUUAUUACUGACCUUUGUGGAAUUCUUUAUUUGGUUACCAUUUGGUAAUAACAUUAGAAAUAUGUAUAUUAUUAGUAUUCUUUAUGGGUUCUUCUCCGGCAGUAUCUUUUCUUUGUUGCCCGUGUGCUGUGGUCAAGUUUCCAAGACUGAAGAGUUUGGUAAAAGAUACGCUACAAUGUAUUUCGUCGUUGCAUUUGCAACAUUAAUCAGUGUCCCUUUUUCGGGUACUAUUAUCGGGAAUGAGUCAGUAGCUUCUUAUAAUAGAUUUAUUAUUUGGUGUAGUGCCACAACUUUAGUUUCUGCAGUUUGCUUCUGGAUUUCAAAGUAUUAUGCUGUUGGAGCUGGGCAAAGUAUUCGUUUCUAG